AUGCCAUACGCUAGCAUAAUGCAAGAUGUGGGUCGAAAGCAGCGAAAGGAAGAUGAAGAGGUCGAUGCUGCAUGGAGGUUUGGAUUUAGGCUCCUGUGCUCGACGGCACUGUAUCCGCUCGAGUUUUCCAAAACGCUCAUUCAGCUCGGUUAUGAACCGAUCGCACCCCGUCCCGGACGAACGCUGUUCGGAGCGAAACGUUUGAUGCUACCAAAUAUUUUCCAGUACGCUGCGUACAUUAAGAGCGUCGACGGGUUCACUGGUUGUUUCCGAGGCCUGACCCCAAGGCUUCUGGGUAAUGUGUUGGCCUCAUAUUACAGUGAAAAACUUUCCCUGAUACUGAUAGGCCCAGCACCCACCCGUUUAGAUGAUCCCGCAUUUGACUGGUUCCAUGCAACUUAUGAAGAUUUUGAGGAGUACAUUGAAGACAAGGAUGGUGUUGUUAAAACCCUACCGGGCGGUAUGCUACGGAAAACUGUUGCGCACUUAUGCGGUGUAGUAAUUUCCCACCCAUUCCAUGUGAUUUCCAUCCGCAUGAUGGCGCAGUUCAUUGGCCGUGAACAAGUGUACAAUGGGCUGUUUGGUUCGAUCAAGGAAAUCUGGAGACACGAAGGCAUCGCCGGGUUUUUUUCAGGGAUAAUUCCUCGCUUGUUGAUGGAUUUCUGGUGCAUGACCAUGACAAGUGGAAUUACUUAUCUGUUCGCCAAGUACAUAGGGGCCAACAAAACGGUUUGCGGGCACGUAAACACUAUCGCGCACUUUUACCUCACAAGUGUGUUUUAUCCGUACCAUGUCGUGUCUACCUGUAUGGCCGUCCAAGGGUCCAGGUUAAAAGCCGGUACUCCACCGAUGAUGGAUCAUUACAUCAACUGGAGCGAUUGUUACACACGGUUGGCUUUGCAACAGCAGCAUAAGCGUGGAUCAUCAUUCUUUUUCCGAACUGUUGCUAGAGCUUCUUCCAAGGCGAAUGAUGCAUUCGCUCCAUAUCCGGAACUGAAGUAA